UUACUGGAGAGAGCAGAAUGGAGAUGCGUGAAGAUGGUUAUGAAAGUCUGGAGAAGCUGAGGAAUCCUAUGACCAGAAGAACCCAGAAACCCAAGACCUCAGUUACUGGAAUCAACACUGCAGGAACCAGAUGCUACAGAUUGACAGCAGUGUGUCUGGGGCUGCUGUGUGUUCUCCUGCUGACUGCCAUCCCACUGCUGUGGUUUAAGUUCACUGCAGAGAGAGACCAGUUACAGACCAGUUACACCAACCUGACUCUAGAGAGAGACCACAUAAAAACCAAUUAUGACAACAUGAAAAAUGAGAUGGGCCAAUUACAGAAGGAAAAGGAAACGCUUCAGAAGAAGUUGUCAGAAAUAGGAUGGGAAUAUUUCAGCUCCAGUCUCUACUACGUGACUACUGAGAAGAAGAGCUGGAGUGAGAGCAGACAGGACUGUACAGAGAGAGGAGCUGACCUGGCGAUCAUUAACAGCAGAGAAGAACAGGAGUUCAUCACUAAAGCAUUCGUCAGCACUCAAGCUUGGAUUGGUCUGACGGACAUGGAGAAAGAAGGGGUCUGGAAAUGGGUGGACAGCACAGCACUGACCACCAAGUUCUGGUGGAAGGGAGAACCCAAUGAUAAUACAGGACAUGAUGACUGUGCUAUAACUGGCUAUAGAGGUGCUGGAUCUGAACGUGUAUCAACCUGGGCUGAUGGUACCUGUAGUACCCCUGAAGUUGGAAUCUGUGAGAAAAGUUGAAUUGUAUUUUAAUUUAGUCUACAUAACACAGAAGAGCAGAAAUACAUUUUUAUUUAUUUUUACAUAUAAAGACAUUUAAGAUCUCACAGAUUGUCCAUGAGAAUCGUUUUUCUUUUUGUUGUUGUUGUUGUUUUGGUGUUUUUUGGCCUUUGCUGUGGUCUCAGGGCCGUGAGUAUAAAUGGGCCAAAGCCAACUAGAAGCUUCACAGUCCAGAUUUACAAUAGAAUAUU